UGGUGCUUAUGAUCCUGAUUCCUGUGGUUUCUACCGAGAGAGCCACAACUAAGUUUGUCUUUACUAACUUCAACACUGACAAUGGACUCGGCAUUACAAGCUACGCCUACAUAUUCGUUUUGGGACUCCUCAUGAGCCAGUACACCAUCACAGGGUAUGAUGCCUCUGCCCACAUGACUGAGGAGACGAUUGAUGCAGACAAGAAUGGGGCAAGAGGAAUAAUCAGUGCCAUUGGGAUAUCAAUUUUGUUUGGAUGGGGUUAUAUACGGGGCAUAAGCUAUGCUGUCACAGACAUACCUUACCUCCGGAGUGAGACCAACAACGCUGGUGGGUACGCCAUUGCUGAGAUCUUCUACUUAGCUUUCAAGAGCAGGUCUGGGAGUGGUACUGGAGGUAUCGUGUGCUUAGGCAUUGUUGCUGUUGCUGUGUUUUUCUGUGGCAUGAGCUCUGUCACCAGCAGUUCUAGGAUGGCUUAUGCGUUUUCGAGAGAUGGAGCUAUGCCAUUUUCUCCCUUAUGGCACAAAGUGAACAGCAGAGAGGUUCCCGUUAACGCGGUUUGGCUCUCUGCUUCCAUAUCUUUCUGUAUGGCCCUCACCUCACUGGGGAGUAUAGUGGCGUUCCACGCAAUGGUGUCCAUAGCAACGACUGGACUGUACAUAGCAUACGCAAUACCGAUCUUUCUAAGAGUGACGCUGUCACGCAAAACCUUUGUGGCUGGACCAUUCAGCCUAGGGAGGUACGGAAAGGUGGUCGGUUGGGUGGCAGUCAUAUGGGUUGCAACCAUCUCCGUCCUCUUCUCACUUCCCGUGGCAUAUCCCAUAACGGCCCGCCAUUGGUUUACAGGCCCCGUCUCCAACAUUCUUAGCUGAAACAACUUUAUAGUAUUUUGGGGUUGUUUCAUGUUUGUUUUCUUAUUUAUAUAUAUAGUAAAGGCAUUCAAGAUAUAAUCUACCGUUUGAUAUAUACAAACAAACAUCAUCAUUUUUUUAUUA